AAGCAGCUUGCAGUCCUUUUCUCACUGUCUGUCCAGCAGUUAUAAAAAGCUAACCCAACACACACAUCACACAGUCACUUCCACACCACCAUUCUCUGUCAAAGUUGUUCGGGUACAUGUAUAUAUGUGAGUAAGACAUAAAGAGAGAGAGAGAGAGAGAGAGAAACACACACAAACACCACCAGCGCACAGAUUCUUCAGAGACAGUUAUGAAGCUCGUAUGGUCCCCAGAAACUGCUUUAGAAGCUUACAUAGACACUGUUAAAUCUUGUAAGAGCUUCAAAGAAUCCAGUAUAGCCGAGCUCCUCUCCAGCAUGGCAGCCGGUUGGAACGCAAAGCUAAUAGUCCAAGCCUGGUUCCACGGCGCUCCAAUCGUGACAAGCAUAGGGCUGGCCAUCGCAGCCCGCCACACGCGCGGGCGGUACGUAUGCGUAGUCCCUGACGAGCAGUCAAGACAAAAGUACAUGAACGCCAUGAAAGAACACGAUGAAGUGGCGCCGCCGCCGGAGGUGGUGGUGGGUGAGGCCGAGGUGGAGAUGGCUGGGCUGGUGGGUGUGGAUUUUCUGGUGGUGGAUUGCAAGCGUGGAGAUUUCGACAGGGUGCUGAGGUUUGCGAAACUGGGUCAGAGAGGCGCGGUUUUGGCAUGCAAGAAUUCGAAGACGAGAGAUGGAAACGCGGUUUCGGGGUUUCGAUGGCAUGGGUUGCUUGAGAGAGGGGCACGUGUGGUGAGGACAGUGUUUUUGCCUGUGGAGAAAGGGUUGGAUAUUGCUCAUGUAGGGAGUACUACUAUUGGUGGGAGUGGGAGGAAGGCUCAUCAUAGCCGUUGGAUCAGGCAUAUCGAUGCACGGUCCGGUGAGGAGCACAUGUUUCGGAGAUGAAUCCGACUGACCGAAAUUUCACAACUUUUUCCACAACUGCCGAAUAAAGAAAACAAUCAUAGCAUACUAGGACUAAGUUUUACCCCUACUUCACCACCUGUAAAAAAAUAUUGCGAAAAUUUUUGCAUCUCGGAACUUAGUAUUAUUGAAUUAAUUCUCAAAGUCUAGAGUUAAAUAAAUUACCAACAAGCUCAUUGCUUUGAAUUUUGCAGCAUUAGGACGAGGGUAAGGGAUUAAGAAGUAGAAGCUUCAAUCAAUGUAUGUAUUUGUUUAUGUAUGUGUAUAUAGUAGCAUGUGUGUAUAAAUUUUGAAUUUGUCCUUGGUGUUUAUUGGACUUUGGUUUUGAUCA